CCACAGCUCCUUGCACCGCGUGAGCUGACCCCCGGCAUAGAGGCGUCCGAGUACCGAGCGCGGCGCCACCGGCUGAGUCAGCUGCUGCCGCCCGGCGGCUCUGCGGUACUGCCCGCCGCGGCCACGACGUACAUGUCCGGCGUCAUCCCAUGGCCGUACCGCCAGGACCCGGACUUUUUCUACCUAACGGGCCUUAUGCAGCACGGGCUAGCCGUGCUUACAGCACCGGCACCGGGUAAGGCAUCCAUUCAAACCCACGUAAGCCUGCUGGGCUAUCCAAGUCCAAAUCAGCGAGAGAGGUGGGAUGGCGCCAGCAUCGGGCGGGAAGCUGCGCUGCGAAUAUUUGGCGCUGAUGAGGUUUAUUGGAUGCACGAGAUGCCUCGGAAGUUACAAGAGCUGGUCAAGUCCUCCGAACCCAUCUUGUACGACACGGAUCGGGUGGGAGCUUACCACCAUUCGGCCCUCACCGUUGCGCUUCGCCCGGCGCUCGAGCAGCCGGGUCGCGUCGCGCCGCUGCGGCCCUUGCUCCAGUCCUUGAGGCUCGUGAAGAGCCCGGCUGAGGCGGCGCUGAUGCGCACGUCGGCGGCAGUCGCCUCCGCCGCGGUACGGCACUGCAUGGCGGUGACGGCACCUGGCACGACGGAGUACGGCCUGGCGGCAGCGUUUGAGUACGGCAUCAAGUCUGCGGGCGCGCAGCGACUUGCGUAUCCUACGGUGGUCGCCGGAGGCCCCGACGCGUGCACCAUCCACUACGGGCGCAACGACAAGGUGCUCCAGGGUGGCCAACUUGUGUUGAUGGACGCGGGGGCCGAGUACUGGGGCUACGUGUCCGACGUGUCGAGGACUUGGCCUGUAAGCGGGACCUUCAGCGGUCCGCAACGUGACGUGUAUGCUGUCGUACUGGAGGCGCACCAACGCUGUCUGGCCGCCUGCCGCCCGGGCUCCUCCAUCCGAGAGCUUCAUGCUCUUUCCAUCGACAUCUUGUCGGAGGGUCUGCUGGAUCUGAAGCUGCUGCCCCGGGCAUCCUUGGCGGAGAUACGCAACCACCUGUACCGUGACUUCUAUUGGCACAGCCUGGGCCACUACCUGGGCCUGGACACCCACGACACCCCUCUCAUAGGACAUGACCGCCAGCUGGAGCCGGGGACGACCAUCACCGUGGAGCCCGGGUUGUACAUUCCCGACCUGCCUCAGUUCGGGGUUUUCCGUGGCAUCGGUGUGCGCAUCGAGGACGACGUGCUGGUGACGUCAUCUGGUUGUCGUGUGCUCAGCGAUCAGGUGGGGCACUGUAAUUGUACGGCAUCGUACGGGAUAGUACGGGAUUAA